UAAUUGCCCUUCCUUUUUGGCUGCUGCUUUAGCCAGGGCCACAUCAGAUGAAGUCCUCCAGAGUGACCUCUCUGCACAUUAUAUCCCAAAGGAAACGGAUGGCACAGAAGGGACUGUGGAGAUUGAGACAGUGAAAUUGGCCCGUUCUGUCUUCAGCAAACUACACGAGAUUUGCUGCAGCUGGGUGAAAGACUUCCCUCUCCGCAGGAGACCCCAGCUUUAUUAUGAGACAUCAAUCCAUGCCAUCAAAAACAUGCGCAGGAAAAUGGAGGACAAACAUGUCUGCAUUCCUGACUUUAAUAUGCUCUUCAACCUAGAGGACCAGGAAGAGCAAGCUUACUUUGCAGUGUUCGAUGGCCACGGGGGAGUGGACGCUGCCAUCUACGCCUCUGUUCACCUCCAUGUGAACUUAGUGCGCCAGGAGAUGUUCCCCCACGAUCCUGCUGAGGCCCUGUGUCGGGCCUUCCGGGUCACUGAUGAGCGCUUUGUGCAGAAAGCAGCCAGGGAGAGCUUAAGAUGCGGGACCACAGGAGUGGUGACUUUCAUCAGAGGCAACAUGCUACAUGUGGCCUGGGUGGGUGAUUCCCAGGUUAUGCUUGUGAGAAAGGGCCAAGCUGUUGAACUGAUGAAGCCACACAAACCAGAUAGAGAGGAUGAAAAGCAGCGAAUUGAAGCCCUUGGAGGUUGUGUAGUCUGGUUUGGUGCCUGGAGGGUGAAUGGAAGUCUAUCGGUCUCCAGAGCUAUUGGAGAUGCCGAACAUAAGCCAUACAUCUGUGGGGAUGCAGAUUCUGCCUCUACUGUUCUGGACGGGACUGAAGACUACCUCAUUCUGGCCUGUGAUGGCUUCUACGACACCGUGAACCCUGAUGAGGCAGUGAAAGUUGUGUCUGACCAUUUGAAAGAGAAUAAUGGAGACAGCAGCAUGGUUGCCCACAAAUUAGUGGCAUCAGCUCGUGAUGCUGGGUCAAGUGAUAACAUCACUGUUAUUGUGGUAUUCCUGAGGGACAUGAACAAAGCUGUAAAUGUUAGUGAGGAAUCAGAUUGGACAGAGAACUCUUUUCAAGGAGGGCAAGAAGAUGGUGGGGAUGAUAAGGAGAAUCAUGGAGAGUGCAAACGCCCUUGGCCUCAGCACCAGUGCUCAGCACCAGCCGAUCUAGGCUAUGAUGGGCGCGUGGAUUCAUUCACUGAUAGAACUAGCCUGAGCCCAGGGUCCCAAAUCAACGUGCUGGAGGACCCAGGCUACCUAGAUCUCACACAAAUAGAAGCAAUCAAACCUCACAGUGCCCAGUUUUUGCCACCAGUUGAGAUGUUUGGUCCUGGUGCACCAAAGAAAGCAAAUCUCAUUAAUGAGUUAAUCACGGAGAAAAAAUCAGUUCAAUCAUCAUUGCCAGAAUGGAGUGAUGCUGGAGAGUUUCCCGCUUCUUUCAAUUUGGGUUCAACAGGGCAGCAGAUAUACAAAAUGGAGAGCUUGUCUCCUGUCUGUUCUGGGUUGGAAAAUGAACAGUUCAAAUCCCUGGGAAACAGAGUUUCUAGGUUGUCUCACUUACGCCACCAUUACUCAAAGAGGUGGCACAGAUUCAGGUUUAAUUCCAAGUUUUAUUCAUUUCUUUCUGCUCAAGAGCCUUCCCACAAAAUAGGCACUAGCCUGUCCUCAUUUAUUCAAAGUGGGAAGAGAAAGAGGAUGUUAAGAAGUUCUCUGCCGUGGAGGCAAAAUAGUUGGAAAGGGUACGGUGAAAAUAUGAUGAGGAAGUUCAGAAAGAGUAAUGAUAUUCCAUACCCAGGUCUUCCCUGGACCUAUAAAAUAUAAUAAUUUUUCUUUCAAGUAGGCUAGCUAGCUGUCCCCCAAUAAAAACACCAUCAGAGUAGAAAUACGGUAGACAUUUCUAACACACAUGUGCUUCAUUAUGAAUCCAUGGAUGGCUCAAUUCUUAAAUGUAAAUAGAUCUCUAGGAAACUUAAAAAACAGUGUUUUCAAUCUAACAAAAGUAUUGGCAGUUUCACUUGCAAAAUUAUACAAGUGGUCCCUGUGAUGUGUCUCCACACCUACAAACAAUCCCCUACCCGCCAUCCCCUCAUGUCACUAGUGGAAGCUUGAGAGCUGGUUCUUUCAGUCAGGAUAUAUAAUGUUGAAAUCUCAACGCAGUUGAAAUCUGGUCUGAUGUGCCUAAUAUAUCUACAGAAAACAUAAUGCUGAAUUAAACUUAGUUGCAAAAUGUCCUUCAGAAUCCUGGGGACUAUGAAGGAAACACCCUCUCCCUUUUUGGGUAGGUAAAAGACUAAAAGCCAUACGGGUUUUAUCUGGUCACAGUGAAGGUAGAAAACUAAAGUAAAAGUGUCACAUUCUCAAACUUGUGAAGCAGUUUAUAGUCAGAAAGACUUGCUGAUUUUUUUCUGUAACAUAAAAGACUAUGAACAUUUUUUGAAUCAAAAAAUACUUCCUAGAACUGUAGUUAUUUGGGAGUUUCAUAACCUGUUAUGGUGCUUUUGGUGGAAUUUUUAUUAUUUAGCAUUUUAGGAGACCGCUGUCAACUGGUUUUAAUCUAUGAUGCUAAUGUGCUUUUCACUGUACCUUCAUCUCAGGAAUAAAACUGGUUUAAUGGAGAUGAUGUCAGGUACAAAUACACUAGAAUCAUAUGCCAUUUAAAAAGAAAAUCUAAUAGCGUUUCUAUGUUUUCUGCCUUUUUUAGUUCAGACAGCAGAGGAAUAUACUACUAUAAAACAAAGAGUGAAGAUUGCUAGUUUUAAUGUCUUUAAAGUUAUUUUCCCCAAGGGAAUUAAGUCAUUGGCAUGAAGGAAGCUGAAAGUAUUGCCUAAAGGGAGCCCAGAGGCCAAGUGCAAAGGACAAUGCAGAUUGCUGAGAGCCAGGUCUGUUUAGUCAUAACUGGAGGACACACACGGGUCUUGCCACUUGCAGCUUCAGACUGCAGAGAGUGUCCCUGCUGUAGUUUCAAGCUUGAAGCACAUCUUCAACUAAAGACAGCAAGGAAACUAAUCAUCACAUUCAUUCAGUGAAGCAGCCUGACUCUGAGCCGCGCGGUCUCAGCCGUUGGCCUCCCCUGGUCGACCGUGGACCAGCCCCACCAUGGGCAAAGGGAGCCCGCUGCAGCGUUGGCCCGUGCUGCUGAAGGCACCAAGUGCUCUUGCUGAGAAAAGUCUACUGCCUGACCAUGUUUUUACCUGAUAAUACGUCUACUUUAUGUUCCCCAGGCCCAUAAUGAAGGACUGAAAUUCCUGACUUUAAAGACACAGACCACUGUAGCAUACUCUGGGUGCCAGUAUAGCUGUAGUAAACAUGAGUCAAAACACCUGCACUUUAGCAAUGAUCAAAUUGUUAAUCUACAGACUUUAUUUUUUAAGAUUCAGAUGUAAGAAGAGAUUUUCAGUAUUUGUUUUUCUCUUGAUUUUGAAGUCAUUUCUUCUUCUCUCAAGUCUGUUACACCUGGUGAAAAGUAGCAAACAUGGCUCCAACUAGACUCUUUCCAUUAUUCUGAUGCUUUGCCCCAUUCACGGACCUCACGCGUAUCUGUCAUUUUCAGAAGCCUAGAUCUUGUUAACCUUUCACAUGCAGUGUCAGUUUCAAAUCAAAUUAUCUAAGAAAACAAGAAAACAGGCAGCAGACUAUUGGUACACAUUAUAGUCCAAAGUGCUUAGCUAAGUAAAAAAAAAAAUUUUUUUUAAUUACUAUAGUUAUCUUUUGGUAAUGUUUUUGAUAGAAGAAGGUGAAAGGAAAAAGAUACAAAUGAUAGGCUUUUUCAGUGGGGAAAAAAAAUGGUUGGACAAAACCAGGACAAGCACAGAGCCAUCUUGAAUGGUCUGGAUUGUGUAGGUCUGACUACAUGGCAGUGUUACAUCAUUUUUCAUACCAUGAGCUCUCUAGAAAAUAAGGCAAAGUAGUUCUAGUGUGGUCGUUAGAAAACAACAUUGUAAAAAGUAGCUAAUAUUCAUUUGUUCACAACAUGCAUAUUUAUAGAUAGUUAGGUACCAUUUGUAAGGUAAGUCCUUUACAAUUCUAUAAUACAUACUAAAGUAGUGGUUAUCGGUCUGAUAUAUGCUGCUCUUGGUUCUAUAAACUAGAUAAAAAGCAGCGCUUUGUGAAACGCAGUGUUAUAUCUUAAUGCCACUGGUGAUAGAAAGUAGUUCCCUUCAGUUCAAAUCCUGUGCCCUUAUCUGCUGCUUGCUGACGUAAGCAAUAAGUAACCCUCUAACUAAUGGUAUCUACACAUUUCUGUAACCUGUAUUUAAUGAUGGUGUAUCUGGUGAUCGUAAAAAUAUUAGACAGAUAUAAAAGUAUCUAUAUAAUAUAUAUUAACUGUUGAUGCUGAGGUACAGUCUGUGAAUUAUGUGUUUGUACUUUAUUCAUGUGUAAUUUAGUGGUGGUGAGAGUUCUACACUCAAUCCUUAAGAAGUGGCAGUAUCCCUUUUUCAAUUUAACACGAUCUGCAUCAUUCUGUUUGCCUGCUAAACAAGUUUUGUUAGAAUAGGAAAUAGUAAAAUAUAAACAAGAAAGUGUAGUAUUGGUUAGGGAAACAGACUUCAAGUCACCAACUGAAGUUAUUACAAGACUCCUUGUACAUUCACUGUGAGUUUCAAAGGGAGUCAGUCCCUAAUUUAAAGGUUUCCUUUGUUCACUUUCUAGAUGUGUACUUUUGAAGGAUAUCUGAGGUUAGGCAACAUUACAGCGACAAAUCCUGGGGCUGUUAAUCCCACGUAGGUCUGUACUAAAGAGGAUGGGUAGAAACACAUGUAUAUACCUUUUCCUUGCCUAGAAGUGCCAUCCAUUGUCCUUGAAUUAACACGAUUAUAAAGUUACUGUUGCAUUUAACUACAAGGCUGCUUUAAAGUUAACACUUUUCCAAGGACAGUGUCAACAAUGUCAGUGUCAACACUGAGUCUAAUUCUGACCACAUUUAUAGUGGUAUAGUGUCAACACUGCAUUUUCAUGACAACCACACUCCAUUGUUGGAACACUGUGCCAGAAAGAAAUUCAAUAUCCAAUGGGCAUAUAAAAAUGACGCAUGGCAAGUUCAGUGUUUACAGAUAAAACUGCUGUGGUUCAAGUACUUCCUUCACCAUCAAAGCCUUUUUGAGGCUUUGUGAGAAAAUGAUCUAAAUUAUUAUUUUAAUUUUUAAACCUAAUUUCUUCACUCAGUGAGCAUUCUCACCUAAGCAAGGCCAUAAAUGGGGAUAUUAUAAUUUCAUUCACAGCUUAAUUUGAGACAGCUUUUCUUUGGAACACAAAUUAGUAAAAGAAAGAACUUUUUUUCACCUUUGAAAGUCAUGUUAUAUUAAAGGACAAAUACCAACUCCUCUGUUCUGUAACUAGCUUAAAUGUCUCUUGCAAAACAAAAUAAGAUACUGCCAGUAUUAUAAACACAACUGUUUUACCGACACAUGGUACUGUGUUGAAAAAUAAGUGUUACUUCCUAUAUAGCAACAUUUUAUUCCUGUCUUGAAGACUAUUUAUUGUACUAAUUAGAAAACAUGAAAUAGGACAGGAAACUCCAGACAGACACAGCAGUUGUUUUUGAAAAGGAAAUACGCUAAUAAACUUCGAUGAAUUAAAUAAUCCAGAUACAUCAUUGUAAACUCUUACUCUAGGUGCUCUUUGGUGAGAGACAGGCUUUGUUCUUUUGUUCAUGACAUUUCUCUGCAAAGAAUUCUCUAUGGAGUGAAACGAAUGAAGUGAAUCAUUCCUUUCCAAGUAAUUCCAUCAAUUUAAAACCCACUCUACAGUUCACUUUUGAGUUCAGUUGUGAUGAGUGAUCUUCAUAUUUUAUUUAUUAAAACUGUUCAUUCUGGUAAGAAAUAUGUUGAAAUUUUGCCAAUUAUCUUAAUAAAACCCAGCAAUUUAAAACCA